GUUGAAACGAGGUUCGUCGACUGGCAUCGCGGUACGGUGUGGUGCCUACGAGCUGUUGGGCGACAAGUCCCUCCAGGAGGAGCUUGACUUUUCUGCAUACGCCGUGGUGGUCGAGAGCGAGCUGCAAGAUUGCAGCCUCAAGUUGGACUUUUACGACAAUGAGAAGCUGCACGGAGAAUUUGAGUCCCUGAGAACCCGCUUGAUCUUCGGAUCUUGCGUG